UUCCAUGUUCAACGUACGUGAACUGUGCAAGCUGCAGCUGUGGCUACCGCUUGGCCUGAGUCUGUGCCUGAGCCAGUGCCUCUGGCGGCCAAUCCUCGCCAGCCAUGCCCGGCUGCCCGUCUACAUUCAGCGCCACAUGAAUGCCAGCGCCGAUGCCUGCGUGGACUUCUAUGAGCACGCCUGCGGGGGCUGGUCGCUGGCGCAUGCCGAUGACGUCUAUGCCAGCCAGCUGGAGCAGCUGGACUACGAGUAUCAUGCAAGCCUGUCGGAGCUGCUGGAGCAGCAGCCCGGGCCGCAGGAGCCGCGCUUCGUGCAGCUGCUGCGCGACAACUAUGUUGCCUGCCGGCGCCUCGACAAGCGCUACGAUGCGGCGCAGUUUGUGCGCUGGCUCGCCGAGUGGAGCAGGGGAGAGACUGAGAGUGAGACUGAAAGUGCGAGUGCGAGCGAGAGAGGGAAUGGCAGUGCGUUGAUACACCUGCUGAAGGCCUACGGCUUGGGCGAGCUGCUGCAGUACGAGAACGAAGAGGAGGAGGAGGAGGCGGAGGCGGAGGCGCUCAGCGAUGCAGAGCAGCGGCUGCUGCAGCUGCAGUUUCCGUGGCCCAAUCCGGAGGAUUACCUGAGCGAUGCAGGUGACUAUGAGAUGCUGACGCACGCGAGCUUCAGGCAGUUGUACCGUGAGCUGCAGCCGCUGGGCGUGGCCGAGCGCAGGCUGUGGAAGCAGCUGCACCGGCUGGAGCAGCAGCUCUGCCGCUGUGCGCAGCAGCAGGAGCAGGAGCAGGAGCAGAGAAGGCCACUGAUGCUCUGGCUACUGCCGUUGCCAGCUGCCAGUGCUAGGCCCAGUGCCACACGUCGGCCGGCCUAUCUGAGCUGCGUGUCCGCGCUGCUGGCCGAGCAGCCGGCGCCGCUGCUGGCGGCCUAUCUGCAGCUGCGGCUGCUGCGACUGCUGCAGCAGCUGCCCGCGCCGGCGUUCGGGCGGCAGCAGUGCGCGGCUCAGUCGCGCCAGCUGCUGACGCAUGCGGCCGUGUGGCUGCUGCAGCAGCAAGUGUCGCACGCGCAGCGACACCACACGAACGACACAAUGCACCAGCUGUUCGAGCAGCUGCGCCAGCAGUUCAAGCUGCAGCUGCAGGCCAAUCGCAAUCGGUUCGACAAUGCCACGCAGAGCUUCCUGCUGCAGAAGCUGCAGCGCAUGCGGCUGCGUGUGGGCGUGCUGCCCGGCGGCAGCCCGGAGCAGCAGCAGCAGCAGCUGGAGGCGCACUACGCCCAGCUGCAGCUGAGGGCCAACGACUACUACGGCAAUCUGUUGGCCCUAUUGAGGCAGACGCAGCGCUGGGCGGCGGGGGCUGAGGGCGAGGCAGCUGACGGGCUGUUUGUGGUGCAGUUGGACGGCUUUGGCAGCUAUGCCUCGUGCUUCUUUCUCUUCUCGCGCAAUCUGGUGGUGCUGCCGCACUCGCUGCUGUCGGCCAACCUGUACAGGUCGCAUCAGCCGAAGGUGCUUACGCACAGCGGCCUCGGCUUCCUGCUGGCGCACGAGCUCUCCCACGGCUUCGAUCUGAGUGGAGUGGUGUACGAUGGGCGUGGCAAGCUGGCCAGCAGGCAGCAGAGGCAGCGCCUGUCCUCGAAUGCGCGUUUCGCAAGCCAGAAGAGCUGCCUGAAGCGACGCCACGCCGAAAUCGCCGACGAGAAGUUCGCCGACCUGAACGGACUUUCCUUGGCCUACGACAGCUACUUCACGGCCCAUUGCCAGCACAAAGAGGCAACCGGCGCCAGGUGUGGCACGGCGGUGCAGCAGCACUUCUUCCUCAACUUUGCCCAGUUCUUCUGCCGCGACGAUCUGCAGCCUGAGGACACCAGCGAGCACGGCAGCAGUCGGCAGCGGGUCAACGAUGCCGUCGCCAGCUCCCAGCACUUUGCGCGUGCUUUCGGCUGCGAGCGCAGUCGCCACAAGCAGCCGCUCUGUCAGCUCUACUAACUUGUGAUAGACUGUAGAGCA